AUGACUAUCUUGAAGUCAGCCAGCGGCCAGCAGAGGCGGUCUUUCCAUCUGUUUCAGAAAACCCCGUGGCUUGUGCAACCUGGGAAACUUGCCCACAGCCAUCCCACGUGUCCUCACUCUAAGCCUCACCAAGACCCAGAUGGGGAAACAAAGGCACAGAGGGAUAAACUCAGAGCAGGAAGACAGCAAAGAAUAGCAGUGAAAAGCAUAGUGCUUAAUCCAACCCCUUACUCACUGCUGAGACCUGGAAAUAUGUUCAUCAGAUACAAAACAGGAGCGAUGAUAACUCAUUACGUUUGUGUGAUGAUAAACAGAGAAAAUACAUUGAAGAGCUUAUAUGAGUGGCAGACAUGGGACAUGCUUCCCAGUGGCUGGCCAGCCUGUCGCCUUCUCCAUCAUGUGUUCAGAGAAAAGCUCUGCACAUCAACAUCUCAAUGA